AUGUUUAAUGAUGUUGCUUUAUUAGUCAGCCGGUAUUAGUAAUGUGUUCCCUCCCCCAAAUCGUCUCUUGGCGCGGUAUCGGUAAAGGCACACGGGGUAUCACUAUCACUCGCUGUCACGUUUCUCCGCAGGCCCCGCCCCCCCGGCCAGCACAUGUGCGGUGUGCUGGGCGUGGCCAACGAGAGCGAGACGGAGAAGGCGCGUGGGUGACUCCGCCUCCCUCCUUCACAGAAGACAGCAGAAGGAAGCAAGGAAGGAAGCAAGGAAGGAAGAAAGGCGACAUAAACCUUCAACAGUUUGCCUUUUUUUAAUCAUUAAAAUCGGCAUGUGGCCAUUGGCGACUUUAUUCGCGCGGACCCGGAAGUAGGACUUGUGAAGAUGCGCCCCGGGAGGCGGUAAAGCGGCCACGGCAGUGAGUGUUUACAUGGUAGCGUGUAGCCCAGGACACGCAGCACAUGUCAGGGCUAACACUUUGUUUGUAGCCCGCGAAACAAGACACGGUUGCGCCGACUUUAUUGGGAGUGGCAGCGACAUUCUUUCAACUAGUUUUUAUUUUGGAAGGGGAGUCCCACAUGGAGCCCCCCCUGCUGUCCCACAUGGAGCCCCCCCAGCUGUCCCACAUGGAGCCGCCCCUGGCGUCCCACAUGGAGCCCCCCCUGGUGUCCCACAUGGAGCCCCCCCUGGCGUCCCACAUGGAGCCCCCCCUGGCGUCCCACAUGGAGCCCCCCCAGGGCGAGAAGGACAAGCGCUACGCCCUCACCUACAUUGGCUGGUCGACGCUGGGUCGCCGCACCACGCUGCCCAUGCUCCCGUGGCUGGUGGCGGAGAUCCGGCGGAGGAGCGAGAGGGGCGACUGCGGCCCCGCCAUGCAGCCCCGGGAGGUGCAGCUGCUGCUGCACAGCCCCUUGCUCCGCUGCGUGCCCUGCUCCUCCUCAUCCUCGUCAUCCUCCUCCUCCAACAACUACUCGGUGUUCAUCUUCGAGCACAAGGCGCAGCACAUCUCCCGCUUCCUGCACAACAGCAACGACCUCACCUACUUCGCCUACCUGCUGAGGGCCCACCCCGACAACCCUGAGGCCGAGAUGUCCUGUCACGUCUUCAAAGCCGGAGACCCCAACCUGGUGCCUGAGGUGAUCAGCAGCAUUCGCCAAGUGUCCAAAUCAGCCCUAAAGGAAGAGGCCAAACCAAAACAGGAAGCCGACGAGGCCUUCUACAACUCCCAGAAGUUUGAAGUGCUCUACUGUGGCAAGGUGACUGUGGGGCACAAGAAGGCGCCCUCCACCCUCAUUGACGACUGCGUGGAAAAGUUCCACCAGCAUGAGGUUAAGCGCAAACGCCUUAUGAAUGGCCAGAAAGGCUCCGUAGACAAGGUCCCUGUGGAGUUCACCAUCGGCGGGGAAGUAGAUCCACUCUCGUCGACUUUGAAUGAGAAGACCGAGGAGCCAGAAGGUCUGGAAGGCAACGACUUGUUGGGCCUGUCCAGCAGCGCCAGUCAGAGCAGCCUGAGAGGAACCUUCCCCGAGUGCAUCCUGGAAGAUUCGGGCUUUCAGGAACCGCAGGAGUUUCGCACGCGCUGCAGCAGCAUGGCUGGAGGUCUGCAGAGGAAGCCCGGCGAAGGGCCCGUCGCCAAGGACCCCGCACGCCGCAGACACGCCAGCGCUCCGAACCACGUCCAGCCGUCCGAUUCGGACAAAAACCGAACCAUGCUCUUCCAGGUCGGCCGUUUUGAAGUCAACCUCAUCAGUCCAGACAGCAAGACAGUGGUGCUGGAAAAGAACUUCAAAGAUAUUUCAUCUUGUUGUCAGGGUAUCAAGGAAACGGAUCAUUUUGGAUUCAUCUGUCGCGACCUGUCAGAAUCUGGCCCCAGCCAGUACGUGUGCUUCGUCUUCCAGUGCGCCAGCGAAUCCCUGGUGGAAGAGGUGAUGCUGACCCUGAAGCAGGCCUUCAGCACAGCAGCCGCCUUGCAGAGCAGCAAGACUCAGAUCCAGUUAUGCGAGGCCUGCCCCAUGCACGACUUGCACAAGCUCUGCGAGCGCAUUGAAGGCCUCUACCCGCCACGAGCAAAGCUGGCCAUCCAGAAGUAUGUCUCCCAGCUGGCUGACAAUGAGCAAGUGGACGUCUUCGAGCGACUUCAGAGACUCAAGCCCGCUUCAGACCAAGAGGAGAACGAGCUGGUCAUUCUUCAUCUCAGACAGCUUUGUGAAAGCAAGCAGAAAACUCACCUCCAUAUUGGAGAGACCCCCCAGAACGCGGCGAGCAACGCGUCGGCGGGGGACGCCGCAUCCACAGGCAGCCGCUUCAAAUUGGACAUCCUUAAAAAUAAAGCUCGCUCGUCCCUCACCACCUCCCUGGAGAACAUCCUGGCCAGGGGGGCCAGCCGGAUGCGAGGGCGUUUGGGAAGCAUGGGAAGCAUGAGCAGCUUUGAAAGACAGGAUGAGGAAUCGACGGGUCUGUCGCCGCCGGCGUCCCCGCCUCCUUUCCCAGACGACGACCCGGAAGCCGGCCUGCAGUUCCGUCGGCGCGCUCACACCUUCAGCCAUCCGCCCGUGAAGAAGCGCAUCUCCUUUGAAGGCCAGGUGAAGCCGGCGCCGCUACGUCGGCAGCAGUCGGCCACCCAGGAAGCUCUGCAAAGCAGCAGUCCCGUGGCCGUGUCGAGAACGCGCAGCGUGUCGGAGAGCCAGUCCUUCAGCCUCCCCUCCUCCUUCUCCGCUCCCACUUUCCUGAAAAGCUUUUACCAGGGCUCGCUGGGCUCCCUCAGCUCGCUGACCGACAGCGGGAGCCUCAGGAGCAUUAAUGGCGAAGGCAGGAAGAGGACGCUGUCCGGCUGCAGCAACGACUCCGUGAGCGGCGCUCUGACCCCGACCCCCCGCAGGGUCUCCUGGAGGCAGAAGAUCUUCCUGAGGGUGGCCUCGCCCAUGAACAAGGCCUCCAUGCACCACUCAGACCAAUCAGACGCAAGGGAGCUUUUGCCGCUCUCGCCUCACGCCUCGCACUCAAACCAAGACCCCAUGGCGGCGGGAGAGCGUCCAAAGAGGACGCCGGCGGACUACAGGGCCUUGUGGAAGACGGCCAUUCGCCAGCAGAUCCUGCUGCUGCGCAUGGAGAAGGAGAACCAGAGACUGGAGGCGAGCAGGGAUGAGCUGCACAUCCGCAAGAUGAAGCUGAGCUACCAGGAAGUGGGCUCAGAAUCCAAAGAGGCGCUGUGGGAAAAGAAACUGACCACGCCGGGAAGAAGCACAGUCCUGCAGGACAAGGAGCAGCUCUACCGUGCACUCUGCCAAGGUGUUCCCAAAAGCCGGCGUGGGGAGGUGUGGCUGCUGCUCUGCCAUCAGCACCGCCUGUGUCACAGACUUCCUCAGCGCCAACACGUCCCCGACACGCCCUACAGGGACCUGCUCAAGCAGCUGACCGCCCAGCAACACGCCAUUCUGGUGGAUUUAGGCCGGACCUUCCCCUCCCACGAGUACUUCUCAGCCCAGCUGGGUGCGGGACAGCUGUCCCUCUACAACCUGCUGAAAGCCUACUCUCUGCUGGACACUGAGGUGGGCUACUGUCAGGGUGUCAGCUUCGUGGCGGGCGUGUUGCUGCUGCACAUGAGCGAGGAGCAGGCCUUCGACGCGCUCAAGUUCCUCAUGUACGACCUCGGCAUCAGACGCCAGUACAAGCCGGACAUGGUCUCUCUGCAGAUCCAGAUGUACCAGCUCUCCAGGCUGCUGCACGACUACCACCGGGACUUGUACAACCACCUGGAGGAGUACGAGAUCUGCCCCAGCCUGUACGCCGCGCCCUGGUUCCUCACGCUCUUCGCCUCGCAGUUUCCCCUCGGCUUCGUGUCUCGCAUCUUCGACUUCCUGUUCAUCCACGGCCCUGAGGUGAUCUUCAAGGUGGCCCUCUGUCUCCUGAGCAGCCACCAGGGGGCGAUAGUGGAGUGUGAUAGCUUCGAGAGCAUCGUGGACUACCUGAAGAGCACGCUGCCCACGCUCACGCACGCGCAGAUGGAGCACACCAUCGCCAAGGUGAUGGAGAUGGACAUCUCCAAGCAGCUCCACACGUACGAGGUGGAGUAUCACGUGCUGCAGGACGAGAUGCUGGAAAGUGGCGUGCCGCAGGCCGACGACUCUGACCGCCUGGAGAAGCUGGAGAAAACCAACACGCAGCUGAAGAAGCAGAACAUGGAUCUGCUGGAGAAACUUCAGGCGGCCCGGCAGAAGAUCCAAACCCUGGAGACCAACGUGGACAACUUCCUGUCUCGCGAGAGCAAAAUGAAGCACGUGAUGCGCUCGCUGGAGCAGGAGAGGGCGUCCCAGCAGAGGAGCAUCGAGCGCAUGCGCUCCUGCCUCCCCCCCGACACCCUGACACAUGUGGAGAUGACCCACAUCAGAGCCGGACCCAACGGGAAAGCCAAAGCCGGCGCCAAGAAGCCGUGAUGAGUUCAAAGCCGGGCGGACAGUAGGAAUCCUCACUACACUCGCAGGGCUCAUUAUUGCACUUACAAGUACAGUGGAACCUCUAAGGCCAAAAUCAGAAAUUGUGGAAAUAAUCAGUUCCAGGGUCAAACUGGGCCCGCCGUAAAACCUUUUAUUCAUUAUACCGGGAUUGUUUUCCUGUCAAAACUAAACGUAGGGUCCAUUUUGUACCUUUUGCCCGUUGUUGGUGCUUUUAAUACAGAAUGGGCAAAAAUGACUGCCUUAAAAAGGACUAUAGUCGAUAUUGUUCUAACAAUCUCAACUUUAAAAACACAGAAAAUGCAACAUUUCACCGCUUUUGCCUUCUUACACAGACCCCAGCAACUUGGUGCAGUCCUUUUCCGCACAGGUGUUGUCCCGCCUCCAUCACGGCCCUGGUGUUGUCCCGCCUCUAUCACGGCCCCGGUGUUGUCCCGCCUCCAUCACGGCCCUGGUGUUGUCCUGCCUCCAUCACGGCCCUGGUGUUGUCCCGCCUCCAUCACGGCCCUGGUGUUGUCCCGCCUCCAUCACGGCCCUGGUGUUGUCCCGCCUCCAUCACGGCCCUGGUGUUGUCCUGCCUCCAUCACGGCCCUGGUGUUGUCC